AUGAUGCACAAUCCUUUUUUCGGCAGUUCAUCUCCACCUGAGUUAGCCGAAGAGAUACCAGAGACAAUUUUCUUGGGACUGCCGCCGUUAUUCAUACUUCCCACUCAUCUGGCUCUUGAAAAGUUGCAUGAUAUAGAAAAUCGCUUCAUUGAUCAUGGUGGGAAACUAACCUAUGAUAUAUCAGAAGCCAAGGUCAUCUUGGGGAAUAUUGCUCAGAAGAAACGUGCCGUACUGGAGUUACGUUCACGUGGGAUUUGGACAGAGGAGAUCCCUAUGAUUCCUGCCCUUGAAUCAGUAGAUUCUCAGGGGAGCAAUGAACGCCCCCUCAAGAGAAGAAAGACUGAGGCAGUUCAAUCAACCAUUGAUGAAGAGAUUGAGGUAGUGGGUCUAAAAAAUCAGUCGCCACAGGAGGAGGGUAUAAAAGAAAAUCGAUCUGAACCUGCAACAAGUUUUUUUCAAGAUUCAGAGGAUUCAAAUGUCAUCACUCUUCUCAAACUGGAAUGGCUUGACAACUCUAUUGCUGCUGGAAAGCCUCUUUCACACGCUUCAUUUGUGGUUUAUAGCGGACAAAAGAUUCCGCCACCUGUCAGCGCCAGCCUCGCGAGGUCGCCAUCCCAUGAGAUACCAAAACAGAUUCUCCAGCGUGCUAUGGGGGACGCUGCUUCGCAGCCUAUGCCAGUAUCACCAAGUCAAUUCCGUCCACAUCGGUCUCGGGAACACCGUGCUGGAUCUUCCAGUCAGCGCCUUCCACCGCCAACACUCUAUAGGCAGACGACCUCAGAAAAUGAUGACGAGGUUCCACCGCCACCGGAACCAGACUGGGUUCGUGAUCAGAUUCUAUAUGCAUGUAUGCGUUCGGCGCCACUCCAUCCGCCGAAUGAAAAAUUCAUCGCUCAACUUUUGAAAAUCCGACGUAUUCGAGAGCUCACGCUCGAUGAAAUUGGAGUUAGAGCGUACAGCACGUCGAUUGCGUCUUUAGCGGCAUAUCCUCAUGUUAUAAGACGGCCUACCGAAAUCCUCGCUCUUCCCGGGUGUGAUAUGAAAAUCGCUAACCUAUUCGCCGAGUUUCAGCAACAUGGGGGCUCCAAUGAUGACGAUGGCAAAGUUUCUGCGGCAGAUGCGCUAGAUAGCGACCCUGCCCUGCGGGUCUUGAAUCACUUCAACGAUAUUUGGGGAGUUGGUGCAAAGACUGCAAGAGAAUUUUAUUACCAUCGUGGAUGGAAAGAUCUGGAUGACAUCGUCGAGCAUGGAUGGAAUACUCUGUCGAGAGUACAGCAAAUUGGCGUCAAGUUCUUUGAUGAGUUCCAAGACGGCGUAUCACGCAAGGAGUCAGAGUCUAUUGCUGCCAUUGUACGACAUCAUGCCAAUCAGGUGCGUCCUGAAACAGGAGAAGAAAUAGAGUGCAUUCUUGUUGGUGGUUACAGACGAGGCAAAGAAAUAAGCGGCGACGUUGACCUUAUUCUUACUCACCACGACGAUGAAAUUACCCGAAAUCUCAUUGUUGAUGUCGUUGCCAGCCUCGAAACAGACCUUUAUAUCACCCAUACACUAUCAUUGCACCUCACUUCCACUCUACGUGAGCAGCAAACACUCCCCUUCCGAGGGGAUGAAACCGGAAAGCAUUUUGAUACCCUAGAUAAAGCAUUGGUAGUUUGGCAAGAUCCAAAAUUUGACCAUGGAGAAUCCAAUGCUGGACAGGAUCCAAACAAGAACAAAAAAAUCCAAAUCCUCAUCGACGAGUUGACAUUAUAA